UGCUAAUGCCAAAAAAAAACUUCUUGAAUUCUGCAAGGGCUUCUAGUCUAUAUAUGGUGCAGAGCGCUGUACACCUAACAUGCACCUCAGUUGUCAUCUUCGUGACUGUGUGAAAGACUAUGGACCUGUGUAUGGUUUCUGGUGUUUCUCUUUUGAGAGAUUCAAUGGCAUCAUGGGCAACUAUCACAAGAACAACCACAAUAUUGGUGUGCAGUUUAUGAGGAAGUUCACAAGAGAUACGAGGCUACAUGCAAUGCCAUUUCCUGACAACUGCAAGAAGAUGUUUAGUGUCCUUCCUUCCUGCAGUGAAGGAUCAGUGGCCGACACCCUACAUGCUGGUGACAUCACUCUACAAGUGUCUCCUCGUCCACCUAUCAAGAGAGUCGCUCUCGACUGCCUAGAGUCAGCCGCCAUGUGUACAGCGCGUUAUAUCCAGACCAGGACAUUCACUGCCCGAGGCUGUGUGACAGCUACUCUAAAGUUCUACUAAAUGGUGUUAUGUGUAGAACUACACAAACAGUUGGAGUAAUUGUUUGUUGUCCAGACGGGGAAAGCAGGCCUGCUAAAGUGUAAAGAUUCAUAAGACAUGAUGUCAUUACAAAGUAAAGUUUAAUCACGGUAUGGAGACAGUGAAUGUAGUUAUUCCUUUAGUAGGAAGAUUUAUUUUGUAAGCGCUUACCUUGGACACAAUCCCAAGUUAUUUUCGCUUUAUAAAGCGGUUGUCACAUGACUGUUUUUAAGAAUUGUUAUAUAUAAUUAUCUUCAUGGAAAAGUAGUAACAGUAGAAUGGGUUUCAUCCGACUUUGAAAUGAAAACUAAACACCGACUUUUAUACACUAUACAUAAUUUGUAUUCUCCUUUUAAUAGUAGGAAAGUGAGUGGUAGUUAUCGUUUCACAGUCGGAUAAAAAACACUAUUUUUAUUUAGCAUUAAAAUAUAUACUCUCUUACGGGGUUUAUCGAAAUGACUUUUAAAUUGCUUGUAUUUUAAUGUGUUUUCACAUGCGUAAUUUAAUAUAGAGUGAUACAAAUAAACAAAUCUGGGAUAUAAA